AUGAUCAGAUUGAUACAACAGUGUGUCCUUAAUGUCCUGGGUCCCAUCAGGCUCCUACACAGCCCCAUGUGUGAGACAGAUUGAAUAAAUGAUAUGGUUGGCAUUUCAAAUCAGAUGAUGGCCCAAAGUGUGUGUGGGUGUGUGGCAGUGAGGAAGAGGUCCCCAGAUCCACUUGAUUACAUGGAAUUCAUCAUCUUUUUCAGGCUUCCUUGGUUGUGCUGUUUUACUGAGGUUGUUUGGGGCUGCUGCUUCAUGGAUAAAGAACUCCCUAAAGCCAGUCCCAGUGAGUCUGCACUGAACAUCAAGAAGUCAGGCAAAUCCUUCAAAUGCAAGAAGCCCACCAAAAAUGUGCAGGUCUUUUUAAUCAACAGACAACUGGGCAGGAACAGAAGUGACACUGACCUGUCAAAGUGGCUAUGGAUGCUGCCAUAA